AUGGACUCAAACAAGCAGCUCAUGCUUGGUUUUGAAGAUUUUUGUAAUGCAAUCAUGUCAGCAGGAUUUCGCCAAAGCCAUCAUGAUCCAGCCCUAUUUGUGUCUGACACCUCUACUGGUCGAGCAUGUUUGUUACUCUAUGUGGAUGACAUGAUAAUAUUUGGUGAUGAUAAAUGUACCAUUCAUAAGAUCAAACAAAACUUCAAUCAAAUAUUUGAAAUGAAGGAUUUAGGGUUCUUGUGCUAUUUUUUUGGCCUUGAAAUUGCUUAUUCUCAACGCAACUAUUUGUUAUAUCAACACAAGUAUGCCUCAGAAAUUGUCUUCCAAGCUCGCCUCAUGGAUGAUAUUAAGAGACUUGAUACUUCCAUUGAAUUGAAUAUCAAACUCUAUGCAACAGAUGGUGAACUACUCUCAGAUUCAACAUUUUAUCAUCAAUUGGUUGAAAAAUUAAUAUAUCUAACUAUUUAUCGACCAUAUAUUGCUUAUGUUAUGCAUCUUGUGAGCCAUGUUUGA